AUGAAUAUACUUAGAAGAUCAGGACCCGAUGCAAUACGUCGGUAUGCGAAGCUAUCUCCACAUCUCAAGAAGAGAAGGCAUCGGACCCAAUUAUUAUUAGCGACCGCAUUAACAUCAGGUUUGCUGCUGUAUGAAACCAAUGAUUCAGUCCAUGAAUCAUUUAAACAUACUUAUCUAACAAUGAAGAGAGUCAGUAUAGUAGGACAAGCAACGAUACGGUGUUUUUACCAUUAUAAACGAACCCUAAACAAGGAGUAUGCCACACGUGUCUCUAGAAUGGAAGCAUUGAAUGCCUGUCAUUUGAAAUGCGCAAGGAUCACUUUAAAGGCAUUAGAAUGGAAUGGUGGAGUGUAUAUUAAAUUGGGGCAACAUAUUGGUGCGAUGACUUAUUUGCUACCUAGGGAAUGGACCGAGACUAUGGUCCCCUUACAGGAUCAGUGUCCCCAAUCCACUAUGGAGGAGAUUAAUGAAAUGUUCCUUACUGAUUUAGGUCAAUCUAUUGAUGAUUUAUUUGAUGAAUUUGAUCCACGACCUAUUGGAGUGGCAUCUUUAGCUCAAGUCCACGUGGGUAAAUUGAAAGCAAGUUCAUACAACGGCAAAAGUGUCGAAGGAGGCAAUGGUGAUGUGGAAAAAGUUGCUAUUAAAUGUCAACACCCAACUUUGAAAAACUUUAUACCAUUAGACGUCAUAUUGACAAAAACAGUCUUUAAAUUUAUGGAUUUGGUGUUCCCGGAAUAUCCAUUAACUUGGUUAAGUGAUGAGUUACAAUCUUCCAUAUAUGUGGAAUUAGAUUUUACCAAAGAAGCCCAAAAUGCAAUUAAGACAUCAAACUAUUUCAAGAACUUCGAAAAUUUAACUGCUUUGAAAGUUCCUAAAGUGGUUAGUGCGCAAAAGAGGAUUCUUAUAAUGGAAUAUGUCGGGGGGAAAAGAUUAGAUGAUUUGAAAUAUCUAGAUGAUAGUAAUAUAUCGAGAGCUGAGGUUUCUGCAUGUUUAUCACAUAUUUUCAAUAAUAUGAUAUUUACACCGAAUGUUGGUAUUCAUUGUGAUCCUCAUGGUGGGAAUUUGGCCAUCAGAUACAGAGAUAAUAGUAAGAAAAAACUCUCCUGGAAAGAUAAAAUAUUAGGAAAUUGGGGAGAUAAUAAAUCGGAAAAUAGACAUAACUUUGAAAUUAUUUUAUUCGAUCAUGGUCUCUAUCGAUACCCAACUACCCAAAUGAGGAGGGAUUAUGCUAAAUUUUGGUUGGCAUUAUUAGAUCAAAAGCAAGAUAAGAUGAAGUAUUAUGCUAAGAAAUUUGCGUAUAUUACGGAUGAAGAAUUCCCAAUGUUGGCAGCUGCAAUAACUGGAAGAAGUAUCGAUACUGCCUUACAUUUGGAUAUUUCUAAAAAGAGAAGUCAAGAAGAAAUGGAUGUAAUGAGUGAAGGUAUAAUAGAAGGGACUUUGCUUGCUGAUUUAAUGGGUAUAUUAUCCAAAAUUCCAAGUUCUGUACUAUUAAUCUUGAAAACUAAUGAUCUAACUAGGCAUCUUGAUGAAUGUUUACAAAAUCCGUUAGGCCCUGAAAGGACUUUCCUUAUCAUGUCACAAUAUUGUGCCAAGACUGUUUAUGAUGAAGAGUGUGAAAACAUUCAAAUAAGAGAUAAAAGAUGGAGUUUAAUAUGGAGUUGGCAUAAAAUAGUUGCCUGGCUCCGUUAUGAGAGGCGACAAAAACAAUUAGUAAUAUUUGAUUUAUAUUUACUAGGGAAGCAAACUAUCAACCUGAUAUUUAUGCAUCCAUUAUGGAAUAUGAUAUGCAUAUAG